AUGCCUCCCUCCUCCGACCUGCCCAGCGGCCAGAAGCUGACCUCCAGCUUCGGCUCCGUGGACUGGCUCUCCCGGAGCAGCCACGCCGGGCCGUCCCACACCUCUACGUCCACUGCCGGCUCCUGGCGCAGCCUCUCCGCCCCGGCCAGGGUGUCCAGCAGUGGGAAACCCCUGCAGGCCGUGGGCACGGAGGAGGUGACGUCCUCAGCAGUGUCUACGCCAGGGACGUACACGACUGGGUUGAGCAAGGAGGCAGGCAGCCCUCGGCCUCCUCGCGUCCGCACAGCCUUCUCGGAGGAGCAGGUCAGCACCUUGGAGAGGUCCUUCCAGCAGCACCGCUAUCUGGGCCCCCAGGAGCGUCGGAGGCUAGCCCAGACCAUGGGGCUCUCGGAGGUGCAGAUCAAAACCUGGUUUCAGAAUCGCCGCAUGAAACAUAAACGCCAGCUGCAGGACUCGCAGCUGAACGGCUCCUACUUGCCCCUGGCCCUCUGCCCACCCCUCCGUUCCAUGAAUGGCACCCUGCAGUUGCUGCAGCCGUGGGCAGCCCUGCCUGGGCCCUGGGCCCUAGCACAGCCCCCUGGCUCCUUCUGGGACCCCUGCCAAGGAGAACAAGCCGCCCUGGCCUCUGCAUGGGCCUCGAGCCGCAGCCAGCCUCCGGUGUGCUGCCUGCCAGACCCUGGGAGCCAGGCGCACACUCAGGGCCCGGCCUUGUCCGGGGAAACCUGGCCCCUCUGUGUCCCGCCGGAGCCCCGAGUUGCCUUUUGA